AUGAAUUGCCCUUCCCGGACCGAAAACGAUUUCCUGCACCCGCAUUGGAACCAGAACCCGCCACUACUUUCCGCCGAUCUCACCCCGCGAGAAGAUCUCAACGGCCGGGUCAAUGCCACGCAGCUACGGGACGCCUCUGCGGGUGCCUCGUCUCCUGCUGUUCCGACCGGUGCGGAUGAGGGUCCUGAAAAGAGUCUAGACGCUCCGCCGUCGUCCCGGCCUGCUUGCCCGCUUGCAGAUGCAAAACUUCUUCGUGAAUACCGCGAAGAAUUUUGCUCUGCAAAACACCAGGCGCCCCGCCUGACCUCUUAUCUCAAGACUGCCGCCAGCAAUGGCUGGCCUUGGUGGCUAUCGGGCGUCUUUAUGGCCCUAUAUUCUAUCUACUAUAUGGGAGUCAUAGUUUCAACUUUUGAAAUAAAGCAAAGGCCGGCACCUACCAAAAUGGAGAAACGACAGGCAGUUUCUUGCAGCACAGGAGGCCCCAAACCCAACUACAAUGUCGGCCUACAUGUGGGUGCACUCGGCAUCAUCCUCUUCGUGUCCUUUUUUGCGUGCUCGUUUCCCAUGCUCACAGUCCGAUUUCCGCGUUUACGGAUUCCACAUUCCUUCCUGUUCUUUGUCAGGCAUUUCGGUACUGGGGUCCUGGUAGCAACGGCCUUUGUUCACUUGCUUCCAACGGCUUUCAUCUCGCUUGGAAACCGUUGCUUGUCGUCAUUCUGGACUGACAAGUAUCCUGCAAUCCCCGGCGCUAUUGCGCUAGCAGCUGUCUUUUUGGUCAUGAUUGUGGAAAUGGUUUUUAGCCCGGCUCGCCAUGUGUGUGGCAGCACCAAAGAGGUGACCCGCUUGGUGUGCAAUGAUAAUCGGGAUUUAUCGGUUUCAUCGGCCGACGAACGGCCGCAUGUCCACUCUCGCGUCAACGAGCAUCAUCAUCACGGUAUCAGUGCGAACAGAACCGGCCAUUUGGAACACGACCCGCUCUCUGGCCGGUCGGCGAGCAUGGGUCGUGAAUUGGCCAGUCUCAGUACAAGCGGCGACAGACCCGAAAUUACAACAAGCGACGAGAAGAUGGUUCCUCCUCACGAUAGCGAGAAGGCCGCCAUACACGAUGAGACCAGCCCCAUCAUCCUGACCCCUGAGCAAAAGAUGCAAAAGGCGUUUAUGCAAUGUGUCAUGCUUGAGAUUGGUAUCCUUUUCCACAGCGUCUUCAUUGGGAUGGCACUGAGCGUUUCCGUCGGAAACGACUUCGUUGUCUUGCUCAUUGCAAUCACCUUCCACCAGUCAUUUGAAGGCUUGGCACUUGGCGCACGCAUUGCCUCGCUGCCGUGGAAUCGUGAGGCCAUCCAGCCAUGGCUCAUGGCUCUCGCAUAUGGCUGCACAACCCCGAUUGGUCAGGCAAUCGGCUUGGCUACUCACCAACUCUACGAGCCGGAAUCUGAAGUCGGUCUCAUUAUGGUUGGCACAAUGAAUGCCAUUUCAUCGGGCCUUCUCGUAUUCGCCUCUCUUGUUGAGCUGUUGUCUGAGGAUUUUCUCAGCGACGAAAGCUGGCGAACACUGAGGGGCAAGAAGCGAAUCAUUGCAUGCGUCUUGGUUCUCGCUGGCGCAUUUGGAAUGAGUCUAGUCGGAGCCUGGGCGUAA